GCGUUUCCCUCCCAUUCAGCCAGGUUAUCCAGCUGCUUUUGCUGGGGGCUUGCGACAGGCAGUGAGUUGGGGGGCCGAAGGUUUGAUCCGCUGCCCGCUUUCUUUUGUUGUCACAGCUUCUCGCCGGCUGCUGGGAGCUGCACCGAGCAGCAGGGAAAGCAGCGAGAGGGCAGGGAGUGGGUGCAGCUAAAAGCGAGAGACGUUGCAGAACAAGUGCGUCAGAAUCAGAGAGAGCGGAGAAGGGGAGGGACGCCGAGGAUGAGCUCAGGCGCCCGGCUGCAAUAGUGGGAGAAGCCGAAGGGGAUGGCAUUCCCUGUGGACCUGCUGGAAAACUACAGUCAUGAAGAUCUGGAGAGUUCUGCAGAAGACUACCUUUCUGAUCUUAGGUGUGGGGAUCCGGAAAACCCAGAGUUCCUUUCUCUUGUCAAUAAUGUCAAAAUUCCAAUUUGCUUAUCGACUGUAGGCUUUGUUCCUCUUUAUGGUGGAGAGGAGAGACACAAAGUCCUUGCUUUGUUUGCACCAGAGGAUUCACUUGCAGCUGUUGCCCUGUUCCUUGCAGAUCAGUGGUGGACUAUUGAUGAUAUUGUGAGAACAUCUGUUCUUUCUAGAGAAGGACUUCAGCAGGUGAAGACCAUUGGGGAGAGAGUGGUUCUUUAUGUACUAAAUAGAAUAAUAUAUCGCAAACAAGAAAUUGAGAAAAAUGAGUUCCCAUUCCUCUGUCAUGGUAGCCAUGAUUAUGCCAAGAUUCUGUGGAAGAAAGGAGAAGCAAUUGGGUUUUAUUCUGUUAAACCUACAGGGAGCGUGUGUACUUCAUUCCUUACCCAGAGCUACCAGCUUCCAGUUCUGGACACAGUGUUUGUGAGGAAGAAGCACAAAGGGAAAGAUUUUGGUCUGUUCAUAAUGGAAGAUUUUGUGGAUUCCUUUACGGAAGAUGCACUUGGCCUGCGGUUCCCAAUGACUUCUUUUAUGCAUGCUGCUUGUCAGAAGUACUUUGAAAAGUAUCCGGGAGAUCAUGAUCUUCUUUGGGAAGUUGAAGGAGUGGGCCGCUGGCAUCAGAGAACACUUGUCACUAGUAUAUUGGAGAGAGAAAGUCUCCAGUACAUAGGAGUCUUGCAGAAGGAAAGUGGCAGUUCUCAGGCCGAGGAGAGUUUUUUGCAGUCUCCUGUGGAUCACAGCACCCCAAGUGUGCAAGCAUCUGAUGCCAAUGAUACACAACUAAGUAUGGACUCUCGUAAAAGCAAGGAUGGCAUAGAUGUAUGUGAAGGCACUUCUGAAGAAGUUAAUGUUACGCCGCUUUUUACUCGAUCACGAAGCAAUCAUCUGAAACGUCCCAAGAUAGGGAAAAGGAUCCAGGUAUCUGAUGAUGCUGAUGGUGAAGAUGGAAACAUUUCUGAAGCAUCAGAAAACAGACUGGAACCUGCUGCUCGAGUGUCUGAAAGUUCAGAAGAGUUGAUAGAAGAGACAGAAGAAAAUAUAGCUGAACAUGAACUGGGGGAGUUAACUGAAAAUAGAAAGCAACCAGUACAAGAAGUGCAGCAGUUGUCUGAGAAACAAGAUGAUAAAGAGGAAUCAGAUGUUGAGCCACUCAAUGGAGAGCUAAUGGAACAUGCUAUCAAGGUUUCAUUGGUGACUGAAGGGGAAACAGCAAGUGAAGCUAUGGAUGGAGAAGCAAAGCUGCAGUCGGAUAGUUCAGAAGAAACAACUUUAACUUUAUUAGUCCCGUUAAUUCUUGACUCUUCAGAGAAAUCUCCUGAAGGCAGUGAUGACAAUAUGUCAGAUAAGAUUGAGAGCAUGGCAGAUUCAGAAGUACCACUAGAAGAAGAACAAGCAGUAGCACAUAGGAAAAGGGGAGUUGUUCAUAAUGCAGAUCUUAUUGCAUCAUCACAAAAGGAUGAACCCUCCAAUAAUGGCCUUUUGAACUCUGUAGCAACUGAAGCUCCAGAAGAUACCAUUUCUGAGAAUGUCUCCCCCAAUACCACCUCUUCCCUGGAGGAGCAAAGUGAAGGUGGGUCUGACUCACCAGAGGCCCCUGUUGCUCUGGGUCAGGGGUCCUUAGUGAUGGUUGAACUGGAGGAUAUUGCAUACCAGCAACACACAGAGGGGCAAAAGAAUCAGAUGGAUGAACAGUCUGAGGAGUCAGCAGAGCCAGCAUCUGAGAGAGCUGCAGACAGCAGUUCUGAGGAAGUUGAAGUCGAAGUCCCCAUAAUAGACAGGCGGACCUUGCGAAGAAAGGCCAAAGGGUACAAAGGACCACCCAAGAAAAAAGGAAAACUAAUUUAGAUCAUGAGCUGUUGUCACAGCUGGAACUAUUACUGUGUGUGUAUUUUUUAAAUUGGUUAUUUAAAACUGUAUUGAACACCUAUAUCUUCAAACACUGGAAUUCACUGCCCCCUUAAAAACCACUACAGACACCAAUUAAGUAUGGAAGUAAAUGGCCAGUCUUGAUAAAGUAUAAGAACUUAGCAUAGUAGUUUGAUAGGCAUAAUAGUCCUGUCUCAUGCUUUUUAGAGAAAUUAGAGACCCCAAUGCAUUUCAUUUGGCAUCUUAGUCACUCAGCUACCUGAUGCAGCUCUCAGUUGCAGACUAUUUUUUAUAAUAACUGUUCCUCAAGAAGGCUGAAUGGUAUCCAUGGUUUAAUGUGAGCAAUGUGCCACACACUUCAGUGGUUCCCAUAAUUCUAGAACUUUUUCAGUUAAGGGCCCAUUGGACUGAUCUACAUUCCAUGGAAGAAUUAAACAUCUUGAUGUGUAAUAAUUUAUGAGGGAUAGAUUCUAAUUGCACUCUUUUCAGAAAUAGUAUAAUUAUUUCACAAGAAAUUAAAAUCUGUUUUGUUAUUAGAUAAUGCAGAAUAUCUGACAGUAUUCAUAUUUAGGUGUUGGCAUCUUUUCUCAUUUCCUCUUCAGGAUGUUUACACCCAACUUGGUUAGUUAAACUAGCAGUGUAUGCUCCCAGUUAUGGACUUAUUAAAUUGAAAUCUUGGCCAGUACAGCUGAUAAUUUCCACAAAUGAUGCUCUAGCAUAAUUUAAAGUGGUAGUAAAUGUACAGAACUUCAGGUUUGUACGUGACCCCUUUUAUAAAUAAUUAGGAACGUUCAUAAAGAAUGUCUUAAACUGAGUGUAUAUUAAUAAAGGUUCACUUGCAUAACUUUCAGUGAUUUAUUUUAAUCUGCUAGGAGUGGGCUUCUUUCUGGAUAUUUUCUAAUAGCAUCUGUUAAUGAGACACGGCUUUUUAAACUCGUCUUCUUGAAUACAAAGUGCUGUUUAUUAUUUUUAAAAAGUGUUGUUAGAAGCUUUGGAUUUGAAGUAUAUGGAUCUGGAUUUCUGGGGUGUUGCACUUUCCUCCUCAAUGUGCAUUUGUAUGUUGUGGAUCAAAAGUGUGAUAAGUUGUUUAUAAAAUAUAUUCAAGUGAACCUUCAGAAUUUCUAACACUGACUGAAUACUUUCUAUGAAGCACACAAAAUUCAAUUAUAAAUACUUACAGCUUGUCUCUUUGUUGUAGUACUAAGAUUUUUUUCCCCUUAAAAUAAAUGCCUUGAUAAUUUAAGAACUGUCUAGUUUUUGCUAUAUCAUUAGGAUGGGGGAUUUUUGAGGAUGAGGGGGUUAGAUUUAAAAUACCCUGCAUACAGUGUUUUAACAAAUAUAGGACAUGAAUGUUAGGUGUAUGGGUUAAGGUUUCAAAAAGGCUAAAUGUUUCAUGGGACUCUAAAGAUUCUUGAUCUGUAGAUCAAGCUGCAUUUUGUGAGGUGACUCAGAUCUGUAUUCCUAUAACAACUUCUGAAUUUGUCACCAAUUAUAUGGUUAGUGUGCUUAAAAUCUGUCUCUUUUCCUCUGUCUUACUGCAUUGAAGGCUAUAGAACUUUGUUAGUGAAGUCAAUUCAUUUUGUUUCAUUGUUUCUGAAAUUCAAAAUGGUAUACCAGCACCUGAUUUCAAACAUUUGUUUUAUCUGUGAGAGCUGAAUUUCACUGCAAGUUCAAGAGUGUUCAUGUCUUAGGGAGGUGUACAUUUAAUGUUAAGUGGCUUCAGGAGUGCAGCCAUUUGUGUGGAUUCAUUACUGUGGAUAUGUGCUCCCAAGUCUUAUAAGGUUUUUGCAUGUAAGCAAACCUGGAAAAUGUUCCCUUGUCCGUAAAGUCCAGUAUGUGACAUUCUCAAUCAUUAAAACAUGCCUGAAAUUGUGCUGUAUCUAAGAAUUAUGACAUAAAUUAACACUCUCUGAAGUCCUAAGAAUUAGAAAUCAACACUGAACAUAGGUAAGGGCUGCACAGUUCAUCAGGAUCUUCUUCCCAUCCCCAUAGCAUCUUUCCUCAAUAACUGUUCCAGAAAUACUCUAUCAAAGUACAAUUGUUCUAUCUACUAACAUCUUGAUAGUAUUUAUUAACAAAUACUAACAUGCUUCUAAUGUUCAGCUACUUGGACUUAAGUGAGAAAUGGCAAUACUGUGCUGAAAGACUUCCAAGUAGCUAUUUUGUGGGAGAAAUGGAAGAAAUCACUCUAGUAUCUUCCAAUAUCACAGAAGAAGGAAUCUUUAAGGGUUAGAGAUAUAUUAUUCUUCAGCACUUGAUAUGUACUAGGAAAAGUUCUACUCAGCCAUAAAAAGUUAUCAAAUGUGACAAAUUUUAAGGUGUAGUAUUAUUUGGUGGGACAAGAUCUAAAGAUUGCUUUAUGAAUUGAGUCUCACUUUAGCUGUGUUCUGUUACAUGUUAUUGUUCAGACAGUAUGUUUUUUCUCUAAUGAUGUCAAGAUGUAUGUUACAUCACAUUUUCAAAGGUUUUAUUUCAUGCACAACUUGUUUUACUAAACUUCACUAAAGUUGUAGUGUGAAAUACCUAAUCAUGUUCCAGGAAUAAAACAUUUCGGUUAUUGCACUCCUUUGUUUAUAUUACCACAGAAAUCUUUGCAGGAUUAUAGGCACUAGUACUACCGUUUGUUGUUAUACAGACAUGAGCAAUAAGUAGUUCAUAUUUCAGCUCCACUUUCACUACUGGUUCAGUUGAACAACUGUCAUGACCCUAACAUGUUUUAUAGACUUGUGAUACUGUUAUAUGAAUUUCUUACUGUGAUGUUGUCCUACAGUAGUGCUUUACUUGUGUGUUUUACAGUUUGUCCCUUUUUAGCAUAUGUUUCAAAAUAGUCAUUAAAAGUUUUUUUGUAAUUUUCA